AAUAUUCACACAACACAAACACAAACACCCCCCACCCCUUCUUCUUCUUUUUCUCUCCCUCGCUCACCAUGAUCAUCCCCUGUCUCGCAGAGGCAAGACCCACUCUCACACUAAAGGUAUCCAACAUCCCUCCCAUAGCCAUUGCCAAAGACCUCCAAGCAUUCCUCCAGUCCAUCCUCGGACCAGACACCCUCUACGCCGUCGAAAUCUUCACGGAGCGUGACAACUGGAAGUCCAGAGGCCAUGGCCGCGUCCAAUUCGAGACCCCAGAAGCCAAGAUCGAAGCUUUAUCCCUCUCCCAACACAGGAACCUCCUUUUCAACGGCUAUUACCUCACACUCGCCCACUCAUUGGAAGAAAUCAUCAUUCGACCCGUCGACCCGGUUUACCGGGUCGGCGGCGGCGCUGGCUCCGUCCUGUUUGCUGGGAUAAUGAUUAGGCCUGAUUGCAUGGGGACUUUGGAAUCUUGGGGUGGAAUGAAGCUCUGGUUUAUGCCUGACAGGAAAUGCAUCCAUUUUUUUGUGGAACACGCGCUCCAAAGCUACAAAUUGGAGGUGCAAUUUGGGGAUGUUUUGGAGAGCAGACCGUGUUGCUUGGAUAAGGCUCAUAAGAAGGUUAACGCCAUUCUUUUGAAGCUUAGACAUGCACCAAAAGUAUUCAAAAAGGUUUCUGGGCCAAAGAUUGCAUCAAGAUUCACUACUGACAGGUAUCACAUCUGCAAAGAAGAUAAUGACUUUAUAUGGGUUCGAACAACUGAUUUUUCGGGUAUCAAGUCAAUUGGAUAUUUGUCCGCACUCUGCUGGGAGAUUGAAGAAGGAUUCUCAAAUUUAGACCUAUACACAUCUUUGCCGUACUACACAGAAGAUGUGACUGAACUAUGGUUUGAGGAAGUGCAGUUUGAACAUGCCUCCAAUUUAGUUCCAAUUGUGAAAAACAACUCGGAUUUUCAAGUACCUUAUGAGGUCCUUUUUCAGAUUAAUUCACUGGUGCAUCGUCAAAAGUUGAGCCUUUCAGCGAUAAACAACGAUGUAUUUCAGGUCCUUAGCAAAAUGGACAUGGAUACUGCUCUGUUAAUUCUCAAGGAAAUGCACAAGUUGCACUCUACUUGUUAUGAACCUAAGUCAUUUAUCGAGAACCAACCUUCCAUUACCACUCACAAUUGCAAGAAUCUUCCUUCAGCGGCUUCCAAGAGACUGAUCGAGCAUAACAUAAUGAGCUGUCAUAGAGUUAUGGUGACUCCAACUAAGAUAUUUUGCUUGGGUCCUGAACUUGAAUCCUCAAACUACAUUGUGAAGAACUUUGCUGAUUACGCUUCAGACUUCAUGAGAGUCACGUUUGUUGAUGAAGAUUGGGGCAGGCUUUCUGUGAGUGCAGUUUCCACGAGCAUAAUGAAGGGCAUCUUUGCAAAGCCUUAUAGAACAGACAUCUAUCGCAGAAUAGUUUCUGUUCUCCGGGAUGGGAUUGUUAUUGGAGACAAAAAGUUCGAAUUCUUGGCUUUUUCUGCCAGUCAACUGCGUUCGAACUCAGUUUGGAUGUUUGCUUCGAACGAUCAUGUCAAAGCAGAGGAUAUCAGAGAGUGGAUGGGAUGUUUCAACAAGAUCCGAAGCAUCUCAAAAUGUGCAGCGCGGAUGGGUCAGAUGUUCAGCUCGUCGGUGCAAACUCUGCAGGUCAACCCGAGGGAUGUAGAGCUUAUUCCUGACAUUGAAGCUAUUUCCGAUGGCGUGAAACAUUGUUUCUCAGAUGGAAUUGGAAAGAUUUCCACUGCAUUUGCUAGAGAAGUUGUCAGGAAGUUGGGUUUGUCUCAUAUCCCAUCGGCAUUUCAGAUCCGCUAUGGCGGCUAUAAAGGGGUGAUAGCUGUCGACCGACAUUCCUUCCGGAAGCUUUCACUGCGAAGCAGCAUGCUUAAAUUUGAGUCCUCGAAUUGCAUGCUCAACAUUACAAAGUGGAGUGAAUCUCAGCCGUGCUACUUGAACAGGGAAAUCAUUACUUUGUUUUCAACUUUGGGAGUCAAGGAUAGCGUGUUUUUGGCAAUGCAAGACCAGCAACUACAACUGCUGGGAACAAUGCUAACUAACGCCAAGGCAGCGCUGAACGUGUUGGAGAGCACCGGUGGGGGUGAUAUGAAAAGCUUCAUGGCAAGAAUGUUGCUCCAGGGCUAUGAACCAAAAAAAGAGCCAUAUCUUCUGACAAUGCUACAAUCGCAUCUUGAGAACCAGAUCUCAGAUAUACGAAGCAGGGGCCGCAUCUUUGUCCCAAAGGGGCGUGUUUUAGUUGGAUGCCUAGAUGAGUCCGGGACUUUGGAGUAUGGCCAGGUUUUCGUUAGACUAACCAUGAAUACAGCCGAGUUGGAGGGUGGAGAUAAGCCUUUUUUCCAAAGGGUGGAUGAGACUACUUCCAUCCUUAAAGGCAAAGUUGUGGUGACAAAAAACCCAUGCCUCCAUCCAGGUGAUGUCAGAGUUCUUGAAGCUAUAUUUGACGUGAAACUACUGGAGGAUAAUAUGGUGGAUUGCCUUGUUUUCCCCCAGAAAGGAGAAAGGCCUCAUCCGAAUGAAUGCUCCGGUGGAGAUCUUGAUGGUGAUCUCUAUUUCAUAAGCUGGGACGUAGAUCUUAUCCCACCUCGAACUGUGACCCCGAUGGACUACACCGGGCGACGGCCACGCAUCAUGGACCAUGAAGUGACCAUAGAGGAAAUACAAACGUUCUUCGCCGAUUACAUGAUAAGCGACACUCUGGGCGCAAUCUCUAACGCACAUUUGGUCCACGCGGACUGUGAACCCGAAAAAGCUCUGAGCCCCAAAUGUCUUGAGUUAGCAAACCUUCAUUCUAUGGCAGUCGACUUUGCGAAAACAGGUGCUCCGGCUGAGAUGCCAAGGUAUCUAAAACCAAGAGAGUUUCCCGAUUUCAUGGAGAGGUGGGAGAAGCCCACCUACGUCUCACAUGGCGCGUUAGGCAAGCUCUAUCGCGCCACCAUUCAGUUCAUCAAGCAGAUGAAGCCGGACCCGGUCUUUCCAGAUGAGAUCCCAGCAGACGCGUUUGAUCCGGAUCUCAUCGUCGAUGGCUACGAGUCCUUCAUUGCAGCUGCUGAGAGUCACAAGGAACAGUACAUAGACAGGAUGAAUGCGCUUUUCAGUUACUACGAUGCAGAGAGCGAAGUGGAGAUUCUAACCGGGAAUCUGCAUCGCAAGUCAGGGUACUUGCAGUACGAUAACCGGAGGUAUGGAGAGGUGAGGGAGCGGAUCUUGGUGUCAGUGAAGAGCUUGAUGAAGGAGGUGAAGGGGUGGUUCAGGAGCUGUUGCGGGAGCGAGGGCGAGGAGCAGCAGAAGCUGGCGUCGGCAUGGUAUUAUGUGACGUACCACCGGAGCUACUCGAGUGGCAGCCGGAACUGCCUAGGGUUUCCAUGGAGUGUGGGUGAUAUCUUAAUGGACAUAAAGGAAGCUAAAAGUAAGAUGCUGCUUGAGUACUCUGUUGAGUGACAUGCAGGGGUUUCGCCAAAAAUUCGGCAAUGCCAUAUGUUAAAAAAAAAAAGAAAAAAAAAAGUUUGGUAGGGCUCGUUGGUUGGUGUGGCCGAUGAUGAAUGUGUUUAUUUUACGGACCACUACUAAUCAUCACUGUUAGCUAUUCUGCAUUUGCAACAUGUCCAAAUAAUUCUCGCAA